UUACUCGUGCUGCACAGUCAGGCAGUAUUCUAAUCAUUAAGCAGUCUAGCAAAGUAGGGGAUUGGUAAGUUCAAAUAUCGUUUAGUUCUGAUUUUUAUUGUUCUUAUAACAUGUCAGAGUUUCUCGUGUUUCUGUUAUGGAUCAUGCUCACUCUUGGUGGGAGAGCUGCCGGGUCCAGUUUCCUUGCAGGUCGAUUCUUCUUUGUUGAAGUGUCUGGAGAUCAAUGUCCUUCAGAUAAUAGUUGCAAUAAAAACAAAAGUUACUCAUAAAAGAAAAUACUGAUUCCCAGACGAUCCAUUGCGAAAUUCAGCAGCAGGCUAGGAUUAAUUUUUGUUAUCCGAACCGAGUCAGAAGGAAAACACGUCAUAGAACACCUGUUCUCGAACCCGUUUCUUACUCGGCGUUCUAUCGAACACACCCGCCGUUCAAUCUUGGUGACCGUUUCAAAAACAACGUUACUACCAGGGAGUCGUGUUUAGCAAAACAAAUGGACUUUUGUGAUUCAACCGAGACUGUGGAACCGAUGGUAGACCCAGGGGUAUAACAGGUGCCAGCAUGUCGGGACGUCUAACGGGAUUUUAUAGGUUCUUGAAAAGUCACGGCAUCCAGGAUGUGGAGAGCCAGAGGCUGAGGACUAUGUCAGUUGAGAACACUAAAGGUGGUGUUCUGGGCCACUUGUUCCAGGAGUUCCGAACGGUGGAACGGAUGAAAGUAGAGCUCGGAGAGCAGAAAAAGCGGGUCUCGACCUAUCUUCUACUCUCAGCUUACAUGGCCGUGCUGCUUACUUUUCCUGACUUGGAGUUGAAUUACAGAUCGCGACAACUCUUCAACACCGAAUACAGCUCUGUUCAAGAGAUGUUCUCUUCGCCUCCGGCGAUGUUCAUAGCGGGGUUUGUCAUCAGUAUUGUAAUGACACUACUGUCUCUGCUGACGACGGCGUUAAUAUAUAGGUACUACACACUGGAGCUGAACCUACUAAAGAUCCGGCACCGUGUUCCUGAGAACGCCAGUCUGUGUAAGCUCCCCUCCCGGUACCCCAUGGCGAUAGAACUGGUCAUCAGCUUCCUCCACGUACCCCCGUUACUCCACCUGUACAUACCGCCAGAACUGCAGCUCAUCGUGUUGUGCAGAAUGUACCACCUCUUCAGAUUCUUGAAGAACCACAACACCAUCGCCAAGUCCACGUCCAUCCGCCUGUUGGUGUCCUUCAUGCAGAAGGAUCUGAGUGACGCAUUUCAGUUCAAGUCGUUCUUCAUGAAGCAUCCGUUCACGAUCAUCUUCACGCUGUACCUGUACGACGCCUUCGUGAUCGGAUACGUCGUGUUUGCUCUGGACAGAGCCGCCGGGCUGUACAGGAGUUACAAGGACAUCACAUGGCUAAUGGUAGUUACGAUGACGUCGCUCGGCUUCGGUGACGUGGUCCCGAACAGCAUUGGCGGGCGAGUGUUCAUCAGCCUCUCGUCCAUCUUCGGCAUCCUUCUCAUGGCGCUGGUCAUCGGGGUCGUGCAGCAGGCGCUCAUGCUUACCGAGGACGAGAAAAGGGUUCUGGCGUACGACGAGUAUAACAAAUUCGUCAAAAACAGAAAGAUCAUGGCAGCCCGCUGUAUCCAGGCCGUGUGGCGUAUCCACAACUGUACGAAGCACGGCAGGUACAAGGGGGUUGUAGAGAACGAGUCGGCACAGCGCCUACGCUUCAAGCUGCUACUCCAUCAACUGUACGUGACUCUCAACGACUGGCGGCAGAUUAGUAGGUUAGAAAUCGGUGAGUUUUACUGGACACGCGCGACUGCGUGA